UCUUUCUCCACCCCUUUCCGUCUUCCAGACACGAAGCCGUUUCGUGCUGCUAGCCUUUUGGUACACAAUGAUAGCCAUCUCCGUAUCUUUUCUCUACACUCUCCGAGACACACGGCAUCACUCCCAAGAUGACACCGGUACCAAAUCCAAACGUUCUCGCUUCUACAACUCACUCUUUCCAUUCAUCCGAAACGACGUAGCAGACUACCCUACAUUGACACAGCACCAUGUAGCAGACGACAAAGUGGUCCCUCCACACGUGGGUGCAACCGGAGGGGAAGGGCCGGUGAAAAACGAUGCAAUAGACAGUGGUAAACAAGUCCAGCAGCUGAUUCUAAGAAAUUCAGGUGGAAUAGCGGGAGAAUCGGGGAAUAUGAUUGGUGAAAUUAUGCAUGAAGAGGAACAGAGAACGUUUGAAUUAGUGGAAGAAGAAGAAGCAGAGGAAGAGGAGAUAGAGGUGCUAAAUGAUUUUCAUGAAAUAGAUAUAAAGAAUAAAAACACUGGGGACGAUCCAAGGGUACCUGUGACGUCAACAAUUGAUGUGACGUCAGUUCAUUUUGUGAAUGCUACCGUGAAACCCACCCCACCACCGGAAGUAGAAGGGUACUUCAACAUACAGACCAAUCAGAAACUGCGCAUGCGCUGUUCUCAGUGCGCCCUCGUCUCCAGUUCUGGCCACCUCACCAACACGUCUGCGGGGGCAGAGAUCGACAGCUACCCUUGCGUACUUCGGAUGAAUUCGGCACCCGUUCGGGGAUACGAAAACGACGUCGGAAAACGAACGACCAUCCGAAUCAUGGGUCAUGUCAACCUCAAAGUGCUGAAUGCGAGUAACGAGCUCCAGGACGAGAUUCUCAUCAAUGCGUCAACGAGAGCAGAAAAGAUCAUGGUACCAUGGCUAUACAACGUCAAGGUUAAUGAACAUUCCGAUAUGUAUUACAAAAGUGCACGGAACCUAUCUCGUCUCUACCCACACGUGGAGUUCUACCUACUGACUCCAGACAAAAUGAAGAUUGCUGAGAGUCUGUUUAAAACAGAAACUGGUCUGACCAGACAAGAAGCUCGGACCUGGCUAUCAACAGGGUGGAUGAGCAUGCUUUAUGCUGUAGAUGUUUGCGACAAAGUGGACAUUUUUGGACUGGUUCCAGAAAACUACUGCACGAAGAAUCCGAAUUCCUCAAUCCCUUAUCAUUACUACGAAUUAGAUGGGCUCAAAGAAUGCGAUUAUUACACCACGAGCGAAGAGCAUCUCACCUACGGUCAUAAGUUUAUUACGGAGAAAGCUGUCUUUGCCCGAUGGGCCACCAAAUUCAACAUGGAGUUCCACCUGCCCGCCUGGAACCUCACAGCCCUAGCUCGUAAUAACUCCAUCGAGACUCCUUUCCUGAAAAGAUUUUACGAGGCCAAGCGCUCUGGGACGUUGCCAAAGACCUCUAAUGGUAGCAGGGUCAUACGAAGGAUCGUCAAGCGAGUUGUCAAGAAGGUUAUAAUACGUAGGAAGGUGCCUGUGGUGCAGAAAAAGGCCAUACCGAAAACGUGACGUAUAGACAGUUCUGAUUCCGCCAAACCGUUAUGUGCUUUAUUGACGAUGUUAAAAUGCGAUGUGUUUUACGAUGCCAGUACGCACCGAAUCGUACUUAAUUCUGGUACUCAAGCGUCUGAGAAGCUCAAAUCAAAUUACGUACGGUGAACAAUAACUCUCUCUCUAAAAAGAAUGGGUGGAAUUUUUACUUGUUUUCACUACCCUUGCUAUUGACGCUAAGGAUCACUCAAAUUGGAGAGAACAUUAAACGUUCUCUCAAAUUUUACAAAAAUUUUAAGAGAACGAACAUUUCACAUCAUUAUCAAUAAAAAGGUGAUAUUCACUCACGAAUUAAUACAAACUCACCCUUAUGAUCUAGUAAAUAAUUUGUUCGCUCGAUUUGUUUUAGAGAGUGCAAACCACUUUAAAUUUUCAUUUUCAUAAAUUCUGUGAAAAAUUACGCAUUUCAAGCUUCAAGGGUCGACAUCUGGCAUGAGGUUUCAUCCGAGAUGCAACUUUUGCGAUGUGGUUAUUUCGCAAUAAUAAAAAUGAUAUUAAGGUUUCACAAAGGCGUACUUGUCUUGUGGAAAUAUACUUGCAUACGGCCCUGUCGAAAUCGUCUUUUCGUGGACGCUUUGCGGGCUAGGUGCGUGCAGUGAUUUUGCUGAAAGCGUGCUAUAAUGGUUAAUUGCGUAUGAUCCAUGUGACCUGCGUGUCAGGUAAAUGGCGAUGUACUACUAACAGGCGCUGCGAGGCAGCUGCGUCACAACUGCAUGUUACCUGUGUGCGAGUUGCCUGCGAGAGAGAUGUGAACAUACGUGAUGUGGCAGAAGUCCUCAAAGAAUGUCGAACGUCACAUCUCGGUCGCAGUCAACCCUUGAUAAACCAGCAGAUCCACGCUGCAGAAUUCACCAGCUGCUGGGAUAUUAAACAUAAUCAACACCAUUCAUUGCAAGAAAAGCACCCGUGUUAUGCAUGCAGAAUGCCCAUUUCCAGCAUGUACGUCUUUGAGCAUGUUCAAAACCUUGCUGCUGGUAAAUCGGACUUGUCUGCGCACCUGCUGGCAACUACGUGCCAGAUACGUGCUAGGUACUGUCAAAAUGCGGACGAUCUGCGUUGACCUGCGGAUAGCAAACUUUGUUCCCCGCAUGUCACAGGCAAGGCUUGCACGGAAAUAUGUGACAGGGCUUCAGAAAGAUUUUGAGAGCACUGUCUUCAUUGGAUUUACGAUGUUGAGAAACGUUAUUUGCAAAAUACAAAUGAGGACAUUUUGUUUAUAACGGGGGAAUCAACACAUCUUCCAUUGUGAGUCUUUUUGGCAACUAACACACAAGCUAUACAUUUAAGGAUAUGAAACUCCUACGCGGUAUUUUAUUCAUUGAAAAUACAAAGGCCGUGUAACAAUGCUUCAUAUUUUUAAAAUACCGUGAACUCUGUCAUGUACUUUUGAGAGACUUUUAAAGCUUGGCUGGGAAAUCCGGAAAUGGAAAAAAGAAUCAGUGACAUAAAAUCGUUUUUAACACUGAGCACUUCCCCGUCCUCCUUUUGGUUUAUUCAACACGGAAAAAACCAUACUUUAUAUCUGCCAUCGAACAAUUAUUCUUUGGCUCAAAUAGAGUCAUGGUGCUUUUGAGUUGCAUGAAUAAUUGAACGAUAUUAUGUGAAUUAUUUUCAAUCAUUCGUAUUUAGUAUUUUCAUCUUUUAUCAAAUGUGUUUUUAUCGUUUUCGUGUUAAGUAUACUCGUUGAUUUAUCCAUUAUAAAUUUCAUCUUUGGGAUCGCUUGUUUCGUCAUACGCUGCAAUAUAAACUAUGGAGGUACAGUGAUCUACCUUCAGAAACUUUUUCGCACAAAUGAGAAUGCUUCUACUAUUUAUGAUCAUAUGACCACAAGGAGGCGCUGUUUUAAUCUCUGAUUCGAUUGCAUGGCUAGGUCGCUUCUCAUUCCAAGGACAUCACUAAGAUUUAAUUCUAACGAUGUGCAUCUAAUAGAGUGUUGCAAAAAACGUGCAAUCAAUUGCAAGUUAAUUUUGUAGGUCUUAUAAUCAAUCACAAGUCGUGCAAUUUAUUGAAAAUUUACAUUUAAUAAUUGCUGGUCAGAUUCUUUUAUUUAAAAAAGUUUCAAUCGACUUGCUUUAUUACAGUAGCUAAAAUAUAUCCACCAAUAAUAAAUUAAACUGACUAAAAAUAUUUCCUUGUAACAGCCCAGUAUAUCGUUUAUUCGUAAUGAAUUUUGUUAUUCUUAUUUUUGUUUAUACUUUUCUAUUUUCCCUAUCUUUCUUCAUAUCAUCGUUUGAUUGCCGUCAAUAAAAGUGCACGGGAAAUCGUUCAUGAUAAAUUCAUCACAUGAUCCUUUCCUGUCAGAAAUAGUAGUAACAUUGUUUCCGUUGAACAAAAUCCUGGAGAAUAUAAUUUGUGUUUCUUUCCAAUAUUCCUGGGCAAAAUGACGUCAUGUGUGUUUCCAGUGUUGAAUAGGAACCGUGAUUAAAUGCGGUCACACCGGGUAACCGACUCCAAACCGCCCGAUGAUAUGCCAUUCAGAGUAACGUAAAAGCUGUGAUCGGCCUGGAGCCGGUUUCGUCUGUGUGACUAGAGUAUAUAAAAUGUGAUGCCUUGUCGGAAAUGAUCAGGGUAUGAUAGGCCAAAGGUGACGGUAUUGCUAUUUUGAUUUUAAAGCUAAAUACUUUUCAGGAUGAAAUUUAAAUUAAAUGUAAACAAUUCUUGCCUCUAGUAAUAUUUGAAAAUGAUAAUGCGCAAUAGGUGUAUGGCGAAUUAUUAGGUGAACUAAAUGAAAGUAUUCACGUGAUGACGUCUGUAGUUUUAUUAUUUUCUACUUUUCAACAUAAUCGUGAGGUUUGGUUGUAAUGCAGGUUUUUUUUUUCUUUUCUUCUACACAUUGUUUUUCUUCUUCAUUAAUUUUGUCUUUAUUCUUCCAUCUCUUUACUUUGACUUCCCCAUCACCUUUUCAUUUAUUUCUCGCAUAAUUAAAACGUAUGGAAUUUAAAUGAAAAGUGCAAUAUUUUCCUAGUAAGGUAGCAAAAAAUGACAAAACGUGACUAAGGUUAAAUGCGAGCAUGGCGAGUAUUAUUAGCCAUUAGUCAGCGAGUCAUCUUUGGAGAUGAGAUUCGAAUUAGCUGCAAUCAAGAGGCUGUAAGUGUAUACUGGCCUAUUUAGUAAAGAUAUUGCAAUAGGCGAAAAUAAUGUAGUUCCAGUAUUCCUAAGGCUAUUAUUAAAUGAAAAAAAAAUAGGCAUACGUUACAAUCAGUUUAUGUCAAACAGCUUUAGUUACUCACUUUAGAAUGCAUAUAGAUAAUGUGAUUAAAUUACUGUAUGGCGCGAUAUUACAUUGUGUAAAUUUUUGACUUAAUGAAUUUCAUGUUGUGAAAUGAUUGGAACAAUUACUGUAUCAAUAAUUGUGACAAUUCACCUGUCGAAAUUCAAAGGCAUGCCCCCGCGAUGUAUUUUUUCCCGUCAGGUAGCGAGACCACAAAUCUGUUUUCAAUACUUUCAGUUGGGCUGCAAAUCUUGGACUUGUAUUUUGUCUCAAUUUUAAACAACGUAGGCAAUUUCCAUAGACUCUGGCGUCACCAUGUACCUAGUUAGAAAGUAUGUGCCUAGAUAAUAAUCAUUAUAAUAAAGACAUACUGGAUGAAAUCAGUACUAAUACGAACAAAUAUUUAUUGAUGGAUGUCCGCCAUCUUGCCACUCCCACAAUAUUUAAGAUCUGCAAACCUCUCUUCUCGGCUCUCUCUCGCUGUCACAAUACUGUAUGUUAUAAACACUAGCACUGUUUUUUAGCUUUUAGUUUCGAUAUAGUCAGUUGAAUUUGAAUAAUUUCCUAUAGCAUGUACUUAUAUUCAUGAUCUCAUCAUUCAACUUGACGACCAAUAAUAGGCCUAAUGCUUUUAUCAUGACUAUUGCUAUUAAUGUCAUGUUGGUAAUAAUCGCACAAGGUCUCACAACCGACAUGCAUAUUGUUGAUGAUAUUGAGAAUUUUACAUUGUGUUAACGUGUCAGUUAUUUCAUCAUCGAGUUCAAUUUGACAAAAUACUUGUAAGCAUACUAUUGAUUAUUUGAGAUGAGAUUGAUUUUGGGCUUCUUGCUCGGCUCCAAGAUUUUAGUUAGCAGAAUGGUAAUAGCAACAUCUACGGCAUUGCAGGGUAUACUGGUAGAGCAGGUUUAUAACUGACUAUUCUGGAUAAAUAAAAUGUUAUUGCUAUUAAAUUAAAUCGCAGUUUCCCCAUGAUUGACCAAGAUAUCAAGAAACGACUAAAAACAAUUAACGUUGUAAAGUGGCGUAAAGAGGCAACGAAUGUCAAUGGGUUGGAGCUACAAUGUAUUCCAUCUAUUUAUUUAAAAAAAAGAUCAAAGUGAGCGAUGAAAAUAAAACUUUUUUAAUAUAUUUUUUGGAUAUCUUUCGCAUAUUAAAGUCAGCAAGAUACGAGUUGAUGGUGAUUAUAAUGUUUCAAAGUUACAAGACGGUUACCCCCCACCCCCUCCAACUAAAGAUUGGGGGUGGGGAAAUGAGGGGUCUCCACGCUUGACAAGUAUGUGACUAUGUCAGUCAUGCUAAUGCAUGUAUAUUUCUUAUUACUUUGAAGUUCUAUAACUAUUCAUCGUCGGUGACUAUCAACUGAGUCAUUAAAGGAAAUUAAAACCCAAGAAUAAGGCAAUCUUAUUGCAAAGAGUAAAAUGAGAGGAACAAUUAAAAAAAAGUUUCAUCAAAAUUGGUUAUGAAAUAAGCAAGUUAUGGACGUUUAAACAGUCUUGUUGUACUUUCUAUGGGGAUCCUAAAAUUGGCAAACGUGCUUUAAAAUGGCUGAUUUUGUGGACAACUCCCCAUUUGUUUUGUACACAAAUUUUCAGAUUUCCCCCUUUAUUUGACAUAUUUCACAUUAUCUCCUCCUGACCUUGACAUACAGUAAGUGGUGUGAAUUAUAUUUUCCCAUGACAUAUGUUGUGCUCAGAAGGAGGCAAGAUGCAAUUUGAAAGAUAAUGAGGAAAAUCUGAAAAUUUGUGUACAAAACAAAUGGAGAGUUGUCCACAAUAUCAGCCAUUUUGAAGCACGUUUGCCAAUUUGAGGUUCCCAUAGAAAGUACAACAAGACUUUUUAAAUGUCCAUAACUUGCUUAUUUCAUAACCGAUUUUGACGAAACUUUUUUUUAAACUGUUCCUCUCAUUUUACUCUUUCCAAUAAGAUUGCUUCUCUUCUUGGAAUUUGGUUUCAAUUCCAUGUUCUCAUCUGUUUAUUAUGAAGAAAUGUUUUGUAGAUUUGUUUACGUAUCAUGUGCCUUUGAGCAAACAAAAUGUAAUUCAUUAUAUGAUCACUGUGUGAGCGUGUUGAGGAUGAAUAAUGUCGAGUAUUACUAGUAUUGAUAUAAUAAAUUUACGAGAAUAGUA